CUGGUUUUUAACUGGACCUUUUCAGAAAGUAGGGUCCUUGUCUGUUAAAGCUUUCAUCUUUUAGUGAUAUAGAUGGUGGGAUGCGUCUCAUUACAUGUUACUUUAACCGGAUCUUGCACAAAUGCUAUAAUUGUGCAUCAAUUCCACCUAGUAUUGAAUAUCAAGUUUGGUAAACAAGACCUGGAUGAUGAUUACCUGAUCAAUGAAAGAGAUGCUAUGAUAUAGGAAGCUUUUCUGAUUCCUCUAUUCUAUAAUAACAGAAAGUCCCGGUCAGUGCUUGUUGUGGUUGAUGUUCUUGUAUUGGCAUGUAUGCCUAAGAGAUGGUGUCAAAGAAGAGACUAUACUAUGGAGGAUUUGAUGGUUUCCGUGCCCCUGUGGUACCUAAAGCUCCCAGGUCCUUAAGGAGGAAUUGGCAUAAGAAGUCAUCAGAGGGUAGUGAAAUUUGCCCCUUUGAGUUGCUGGCAGCUGUAGCUGGCAAGUUAUUGGAGGAGAGUGAAAGUUCCGCUUCUAGCACUGGUUCGGAAGGAAAAGAACAGAUUAGCAUUCCGAAAGACGGUGUCAAGCAGGAACCACUUGAUGUCAAACUUAAACCUUUAAGAUUAGAGUAUCUUGAUCAAGGAUGCUGUGCUGAGAGUGGGUUUGUUCAUGAACACUCCAACCCAGAGUUAAAGAUAGAACCCCUAUUGACGGAUCUGCCACAGUCUGAUAAUGAUUCUGGUUUAGAACAUGCUUCUGUAGUUACCACAUCAGAUUUCUUGAAGGAAGUGGGCACAAAUGUGCAGUUGGAAGCUUCUGAUGGCAAGCAUGGAGUUGAUGGCCCUCUUAGUGGGGAUUUAUGUGAUGUUAACAUGGAUACGAAUAGAGCCGAACUACAUACAGAGGCAGUAGAAAAACAAAGUGAAGACUUGACUGCAGUUAAGACUUGCAGUUUCCGCGAUACAGGGAAAUCAUCUGUAAAUCACGGUGUAUUAAGUAAAUCAUAUAGCAGUGUACAUGUACCCUUUUUUAGUGAUCCUGUUCCUAGUGCUUGUUUUCCGAAGCAUAAGGGCAAUGUAAAGAUAGGUAUUAGAGAUGACGAUGAAAACUCUUUUAGUUGCAAUCACCAUAGUACCAAAAUGAGGGCAUUUAGGCUGCAGUCACGUGCUGGAUAUAGAAGAAUAAGGAAGAUAUUGACUGCUAAGUACUGGAAAGCUGCUCCAAAGCUGAAAGAUUAUGAACUCUCUAACCCUACUAGUGGUGGAGUCAAUCCCUUCGACCACAACAAGAAAAAUAUGUACAUGCGAAAAUGUUGUCAAGCAGAGGCUGCUUCUAAGAGAAGGAAGCUGUUUCAUCAUAGCUUGAAAUCUGACUAUGUUCAGGAGGCAAGUAGUGAAAGUAUAUCUAAUUUACACGAGAGGAGCGCCCGUGGAGAUAAGAAGCGUUCACCCGCUGCUUCAAAAAGAGCAAGAGGAGUGACAUCUUCAGUUAUCAACCACAAAGGUUCCUUUCAAUCUAAGGAUGGCCAUGUGAAAUUUAGCAUAAAGUCCUUUAAAGUGCCAGAACUACAUGUUGAGAUGCCAGAGACAUCAACAGUAGGUUCUUUGAAGAGGACCAUUAUGGAGGCUGUCACAGCUAUUCUAGGAGGUGAGUUACAUGUAGGGGUACUUGUUCAAGGCAAGAAGGUUAGAGAUGACAACAGAACACUACAACAAACGGGAAUUUCUUUGAACAGCGAUACUUUAGGAUUUAUGUUGGAGCCAAAUCUUCCCCAACCUUCCGAGUCUCUGAUUCAGGAAGAACAUCCGUUGUUGCUACCAUGUGACACUCACCAAUCACCAGCCAGGGGUCCAGCUACUCCUAUUACGGAUUUGGGACUCUCAAACUCUUUAGGGGAUCCUCCAUCGGCAACUAGUUUGGACAACCAAGUUGAGAUGAAUCGAGAAAGUAAACCACUCCCAGAUGAAGUAUCAACAGAAGAAAUAGUGGUGGAUAGCAAAGCUCUUGUGCCAGUCCCAGCAAUGAAUGUGGAGGCGCUUUCGAUAGUGCCAUUAAACCAUAAACAGAGCAAGAGAUCUGAACUCUCACAACGUAGAACUAGGAGGCCGUUCUCUGUAUCUGAAGUAGAAGCACUUGUGGAAGCAGUCGAAACACUUGGAACCGGAAGAUGGCGUGAUGUUAAAAUACGUGCGUUUGAUGAUGCAAACCACCGAACUUAUGUGGACUUGAAGGAUAAAUGGAAAACAUUGGUUCACACGGCAAGUAUCUCCCCUCAACAAAGAAGGGGAGAGCCUGUACCGCAAGAUCUUCUGGACCGAGUGUUGGCUGCACACGCGUAUUGGUCUCAGCAUCAAUCUAAGCAACAGGGGAAGCAUCAGAGCGAAGGGGUGGGGAGUCCGGUUAAAGUUUGUUUGGAGUUGGAAAGCUGAAAUGGGGUUGGGUGUACAAAGUUUAGGUCCAAUGUCAGGAAGGUUAACUUGUUAAAAUUACUGUAACAUCUCUCAUAUUUUACUCAUUGUGAAUUCAUUUACCCUAAAGACUCCUCUCCUACUGGAGAGGAAGCUAAGGGCCAUUUGGUAAAAAAAAAAUUAAAAUAAGUACAUUUUUAACAUAUUCCAGAAGUUGUGAGUUUCAUACUAUUCUUUUGCACAUUGUAUUUGAAAGCAUUUUGUAAUUUGUUUCUAAUUAAUGUAAUUGAUUAAUUUUCCCU